AUGGAAACAAACGUCAAGAAGAAGAAUGUGAACAAAGCCUGUAAUGCUCUGCCAAGUGCUGGAGAGGCCUCUGCUAGUGUCUCUACUAUCUUGCCUUCAGAGCAGGUUUCAUCAUCUAACGUGUCAGAUCUUCCCAGAAUUUUGCCCGACGUAGCACAUCAAGAAGCUGGACCCCCAAAAAGGCGACCAGGCACUGCAAUAAUAUCAAAACAGUCAGAUUCUUCAAACAUGUCUCGGAUGCCACUGAAUCGUCCCGUCAUUCCACCAAGAAGACCUUGCUUCAGGGUAUGCUAUAUCUGUGGCAGAGAAUUUGGGUCACAGUCUAUUUCUAUACAUGAACCCCAGUGCCUAGAGAAGUGGCAUACUGAAAACAAUCAGCUACCAAGGCAUCUCAGAAGAGCAGAGCCCAGGAAACCUGAGGCCCUUACUAGUAGUUCCUGUAUGCUUACAGCUGAAAAUGAGGCAGCUUAUGAUAGUGCUCAAGCCCAGCUCCUGCCCUGUGGAAACUGUGGCCGAACCUUCCUUCCUGCUUGUCUCACUGUGCACCAGAAGUGUUGCAGGGGAGGUGGCAGCGGUGUGGGGCUGUCAAGCUCUAGCCCCCGUAAAUCUGGUAAAGGCCCAAGCUCUGGGUCUGGCUCAGCAAGUGAUGAUCCAUCUAAGACCCGUCAAGGAAAGAGCAGAGCUGCACCAGCCGUAUUAGACAAGGCACAAGUGAUAAGAUGGCCACCAGCAGUGAUUUGUUACAUAUGUGGCCGUCAGUACGGAACAAAAUCUAUUAGUAUCCAUGAGCCACAAUGCCUGAAAAAAUGGCACCGGGAGAAUGACAUGCUACCCAAGCACUUGAGAAGGCCAGAACCCAAAAAGCCUGAAGUCAGUCCCAUACAAGCCAAAGGUUUCUAUGAUCUUGAUUCUUUAAAUGAGGCUGCCUGGAUCAGCGCCCAGAACCAGCUAGUUCCAUGUGAUAUUUGUGGGCGUACUUUUCUUCCAGACAGACUGAUUGUCCACCAGCAGUCCUGCAAACCGAAACCCGCAACAUGA